AUGUUGCCACCCUUAGGCAAUCUAAGUCUCCCACGACCACAAACUCCGCCACCUGGACCUGAUCCUUCCUUCCCACUGACAGAUCGAUGUCUCCUUUUGGAAUUGCCACGUGAACUGCGGGAUUUGAUCUACGAGCAUGCUCUGGUUCACAACUACGGUCUCAUCACGGCACCGGACUACCACCUAGCGGAUAAGUUUUUUGUGUGUAAUCAUGAGGGCGAAAAACUUGGAGAUGAGAAUCCCAAUCAACUUCAACACGUCUGCCACCAGCUUUACGUUGAGACCAGGGGUAUCAUUUUCAAGGUCAACGACCUAAUCUUCAAGGGUGAAUCACGCGCUGCUGAACGGAUAUACGGCCCUGUCAGCAAAAACAUCGUUUCAGGCGUGGACCAUUUCCUGAUGUUCUUCCUACGAUAUGGAACGCUACGCCUACUCUCGUCGAAAAGGGCGAUCGUUCAGUACGAGAGGUCUGUCAAUAAACCGGCUGAUAUCUUCAAUUUUCUCGCCGACCGUUCGCUACUCUCUACAAUCUGCCGUCAGAAUCCAGACAUGACGGUCAUCGUUCGAUUCCGAUAUAUAGGGACCACGCAUCUAAAAGCUGCAGAAUAUUUCAAGUUCACGAACAUCUAUAGCCUGCUUUUUCGGGGUUCUCUAGUACACAAAUCACUUCCCCUACGGUAUCCGCAAUUUGUCCUGCCAAUGGCUAAAUUUCUGGCCCAACAGGUAGUUGACAUACACUUACCAGCGAAUCUCCGUUUAUCACUCAUGUGCGAGAAGAAGUUCAGUGUUUCGGGUCUACGUCAGGAUAUUCUCCGUGAUACUGAGUCCUUUCAAUUGGAAAACACGACUUCUGCUCAGAUCGAGGAUCUUUUGGCAAUUGCGAAGAAGGCUUUCGAGGAUGGUCUCUAA